CUGAAUCUUCUAAAAAUAAAAACAAUCGUUCAAAUUUGUCUAACGUAAAACUGUGUUGUGUCUAAGCCGUGAAACAACGUGAUAUAUUUGUUACACGAUGUGACAUUUCUUACAAAAUAAUAUUAUUUGUAUAUUCAAGAGGUUAAAAUUAACGGCAACAAACUGAGUUUAAAUUAUAGCAAUAUUCAGAUACGAUUUAUCUGCUCGUGAAGUCGUCCACUUAGUUGACAUGUGAAAACGAGGGUGUUAUCUCGGCGAGCAACCGGACAACGGCUGCUCACGCAGCCCGCUGCCGUUGCUUAAACAAAUACGUUAAUUCGCCAUGACGUAACAACCAAGGCAUUCUGACUUUUCACACACCGCAGUUGCGUCGUGGGCGCAUGGAGCAACUGGAGCAAUAAUGCGCACUGCGUGAAAAUACGGAGUUGUUGAAAUAAAUAUGUGUUAAAAAGCGAUUUUUUGUUCAAAGUUUUUUGUUUGUAUCAUCUGCCGUUUAACAUACGAAAGACUGGUUGAUGUAGAAAAAUCAAGAGAUGUUUAUCACGUGAUAGAAAUUUAGUUGCUUAGUUUUGUAUGUUAAUUAAAAUUUUGAGAUAUCAAAUAAAACCCUCUCUCAUACUUUUGCAUAAAAAAAAAGUAAUACAGAGAUUUACAAGAGAUAUGUAUACAUUAUUUAUAUAAACUGUAUUUUUGAGUGAAAAUUGGAGUCGUAUGUAUUUACAAAAUUGUGUACAAAAGCACAUAGUUUCACUGUUCUAUGUUUUUUAAUCUGUAUACUUAACAAAAAUUUUCAAGUGCCAAUGCGGUGCAGCUACGUACACAUACUGUUUGCUAUAUUAACGCUGUUAUUCAUAAAGAGCAGCAUUGUAUAUUUGGCAAAAAAUAUUGCGUUUGUUGUUCAUGAGCAGUAAAAUUUCAAAAAAAAGUAUUCCUCUCUCUUCUGUCUAUUCUCAACGUAUUAAUUGAACACAAUGGCUGUACUGAAGAUGAUAAGACGUGCUAUGUGCAAAAAUACUGCAACAUGUGGAUCAAAAUUCGUGGGGAUCCUGGGACCUCUGACAAUCCCACCGCUGCAAAUCGCAACUUUGUAUUAUUUCUGGCAAGAGUAUUCAAGAGUCGUGGACAAGCGGUAUUGCUCCUGUUCGUGUUGGGACACCGUUUUUAAAGGCUCAUACGAAUCUGGCAUUGCUCCCUACAAACACAUGUACUUCAACGCCACGAGUAACAUGCUGAAAAUAUGGAUGUUGAUUGUCGUCGGUAUAAUCGCGCUUUACGAAACGAUGAAGCAUCUGACGAGGUUAGCGAUCAAACAGAGACUCAGACAGUCAAUGAUGCUCCUCUUUUCGACCGCACUGUUCUCCCAUUAUUACUCGUGGUGGGUUUAUAUUAAUUACUGGAACGACGACUUCUACUCCCAGUGGUACCAUCAGUUGUUCUUUACUAUCACCGAAUUGAUAUCCACCGCCUGGGUCAUUCAUCUGGCGGACAGAAAGAACCCCAUAACUCACAGGAAGGUGUUUGGGAUAGUCGCGAUAGCUGUUCUGCAUAUUACGGCUGGUGGAUGGGAUCAAUUCUUUGUGAAUGUCGUCAAGGGAGAAGGUCAUGCGCAUCAGGUUAUACGCGAUCUGGGGUUCAUGAUACCGGAUAUCCUCCACGUUGCCGUUCCGUUGUGGCUGAUUAAAUGUGAGAGCGCUUAUACUAUCCAUCUUCCUAAUUCACUAGCGUACACGUCAAGUAUUGUAGCAAUUGGAUUAUGCAUUUGGUCAUUUUUACUGUAACUCGAUAAUAUUGUUGGGAGAA